UCCUUGAGAGCAAAGUGCAUUCACAUCAAGCUGACACGGCACACGACACAGGCCUGGACUCUAAGACGAUGAGAACAUGAGGGGAUAACAGAUCUUGCAGCACCACCGGAGGUACUGAAUUUUUCACAUGUAGUUUGGAAGCUAAAUCAGUCCACAAAAAUGAAACGGGCAAAGCAUCUAUCAACCACUAGUAAGAAAUUGACAAGUGUUCCAGAAUUACCUUUUAAAAAAGGACUACUUAAUUCAUCACCUAAGCUGAAAGAAAAACGUAAUACCAAGCCACUACAUGAUAAAACUGAACCAAUGGUCCUAAGGUCUCCACCCACAGGAGAGUCAAUUGUACGGUAUGCCUUGCCGAUACCAUCAAGUAAGACCAAGGACUUAAUAGCUGAAGAUGAAAUGGUCAGGAGGAUUGCCAAACACCUGAAGACGGUGGUAACUGCUUUGGAAGACACGUAUGGAGCUGUCGAUGAAGACGGGGAAAGAACACCCAUGAGACCUAAAGCGGAAGGCGUGUCUUUAUCUGUUGGCGAUGAUAUGAAUUCAUUCUUGUUGUGCUGCUCACAAUUUGCAGCUCAGUUGGAGGAAGCAGUUAAGGAAGAACGUAACAUCUUGGAGUCUCUUUUCAAGUGGUUUCAGCAACAAGUCAACCAAAUGGAGGAGAUAGGUAAAGACCAAAGCAUUUUAGAAGCAGAUCUUCCAUCAGAUGACAAAUCGGUCCAUUUAAACAUUACACAAAUAGCAAAUCUGGUACAUAAAUUUGAAGAUCUGAAAAGCCGCCUAAGAGAGCACAAGGGAUCCCUGGUGUCCAAAUACGUCGAUAAAGAGACUCCAUCAGUCCCAGUGAAAACUUAUGAAGGUGUAGAGAAGCAAAUUGAAGACUUCAUAAAAUCCCACUCAACUUUUGAAUCUCAAGUUGAUUCUGAAACUGAGCCAGAAGCUCCUUAUUCAGUGACUGAUCGGAUGAAUGUGAUGAUGAACAUAUUUAAAAAUCAGACAAAUAUGUUAGAGAGAGCUUUAAAUGAUCAGAGUAUAAUUGAGACUAAAUAUAAACAGAUGGAAGCUGAUUUUCAAAUAUUAUUAUUGGAGAAAACCCUACUGGAAGGUGAAAUACGGAAGUUGAGGGAGUCAGAGAAAGCAAAGCCUGCGAGCAAAGAAGAUCGAAGCAAGAAACCUGCAAAACCAGAGAAGAAAAAAGAUAAAGAUUCAGAAAGGAAGACAUCUCCAAGCAGAGAACUUGAACUGCUUCAAAUCCAAAAAGAAGCAGAAGCGCUGAAGAUGGAGAAGAAAGCCCUCCAGGAACAACUGAAGUGGGCUUUGCAGCUUGACAAACUACUUUCUCACAUACAGGAAGCUGAAAGAAACAAGACUCAACUCGACUACGUCCUACAUCAAGAGAUGGAGGUGUUUAAAGAAGAGAAGAGUAAAACAAAAUUGGAACGGGUUUUCAGUAAAUCAAAGGUCAAGGGUGAGACUUCCAAACAGUCUCAUUCAGCGGAGAAGGUCGCACAGCCGAGUGAACAAAAGCAGGACUCUGGCAAGGUGAGGGAGAAACCGACCAAAGCAGUCAGCAUGUCAUCUACAGGAGACAUUUUCAUAUCCUUUCUCACUGUAUUGGCAUAAAUUAUUUUCAUUUAUUUGGAUUCUUUACUUUUGAGCUUUAGAUAUAUGAGUUCAUUGACCUCCUAAAUACCAACUAUAAACUGGCAAUUUUGGAUGAUGAUUUAAACAUUUAUUUGAGAACAGGAAGGAAACAGGGUUUCAAAGACUAAAGAUAUCCUGCUUAAAAUGGAGAAGAUUCAAUAUAAAUGCAAAAUCACAGAGGGGAAUUCUAAAGA